CCUGGUCUGUGUGGCAGUCACCCCUACAGGGCGCUGUGGGCAAUACCGCGCAGCAUGUAGGUGGAUGGAGCGGAUCUUGCCCAAUAUAGAGCCCUGUCUGUGCCUGGCAUGUGAUGUCAUUUCCUGAGCUGUGACUUGCUGUAUUUUCUAUAAAGGAAACAUGCAUUAUUGAUCAAGAUGACUUCCGAAGCCGCUAUCACUCCAUCUAAAAGCCGACUUCAAAACCCAGGAUACAGAGACUUCUAUUGGCUUAGGUCGUUUGUGGCAGGAGGCGUUGCAAGUUGCUGCGCGAAAUCCACCAUUGCACCUCUGGACAGGGUGAAGAUUUUGUUGCAAGCACAAAAUGUCCACUACAGACACUUGGGAGUUCUGGCCACUGUAUUUGCCAUCAAAAAGAAUGAAGGUUUCUUGGGAUUGUACAAAGGAAAUGGAGCCAUGAUGGUCAGGAUCUUUCCCUAUGGCGCCAUACAGUUUAUGGCAUUUGACAAGUAUAAAAAGUUACUGCGUGCCAAAAUUGGCAGAUCUGAACUUCUGCACAGAUUAAUGGCUGGCUCCAUGGCAGGAAUCACUGCUGUCAUUUGUACCUAUCCACUCGAUAUGGUCAGAGCACGUCUUGCAUUUCAAGUGAAAGGAGAGCUUGGAUACAAUGGCAUUAUACACACGUUCAAAACUAUUUACACAAAGGAAGGAGGAUUUCGUGGUUAUUACAGAGGACUUCUACCUACCAUUGUGGGAAUGGCUCCUUAUGCUGGAUUUUCAUUUUUUACCUUUGAAACCUUGAAGACCAAUGGACUGCGACACUUCCCAGAGCUAUUGGGAAAACCUUCUUCCGACAACCCAGAUAUUUGGGUCUUGAAAACACCUGCUAGCUUGUUAUGUGGUGGAGUAGCCGGAGCGAUUGCCCAGACCAUUUCUUAUCCAUUGGACGUUACACGGCGGAGAAUGCAGUUGGCGGCUAUUCUACCAGACAAUGAAAAGUGCCGGACCAUGUUACAGACCCUUAAAUACGUCUACAAACAGCACGGCAUAAGGAGGGGGCUAUACCGAGGCUUAUCUCUCAACUACAUCCGCUGCAUCCCAUCCCAGUCUGUAGCCUUCACCACCUAUGAGUUUAUGCGACAGGUCCUGCACCUAAACCAGACGGUCUGAUCUUCAGCUACAGCGCAGUGGUCUGUACAGUGUAAUUAGCUGCAGGCAAUACAUUGAGCACGUUUCCCCAGCUGCUGCAUUGAUCCAUUGCAUAGGAUGCUUCAGAUUUUGCAUUUGAACACCAUUGUAAAUAAUAUGACUUUCUGUUUUGUAAGAUACAGCCUUUUUAGAGUGAUUUUUAUAAAGAUGUCGAAUUAUAUUUAUGAUGCAUCUCCUGGAAAUAAUAUCAGAAUAGAAAAAUUCAGCUGGCUGAUUACAUUUACAGAAGAGAUUUAAUCUAUUUGCGUAACGUGUCAUCGACACGGUCUUCACAGGUAUUGUACAUGUGUCAGUAUGCAGUUUGCACUCCGUUUCAGAUCAAGUCUUUCUGGUGUAAUAAAUCAGAAAUAGUGGUCGCAAUCUUCACUUUGAGAAAAAAUUACGAUUAUUAUUUAUUUUCACUACUGAGAGCAUCAUGUAAUAUGUUAUCACUGGCACAAUACAUGUACACUUGCUAUUCUUUAUUUGUUCUAUAGGGGUGUGUGUGUGUGUAUAAAUGUAUAGGACAUCUCUGUUAGGUGGCUGCUCCUUUGCCACUAUUCUUGUUGGCAGCAGGGUGUCUGUUAAGCUUCUU